GAGAGGCAUCCUCCAGGGCCCAGGCCAUCCCAGAGGGAGCUCCUGGAGCUCCGGGAAGGGCUGUGUCCACCUUCAAACCUUGCCCACUCUCUGAGGCUGCACUUAGAAGCUCAGGGCCCCUGCCGAGUGGCUGACUAAGCCCUCAUUUGCAACUAAGCCUCAGGGCUGGUCUCCGAGGACCCCUGCUUCUCUUCUCUGCGCUCCCCAGCAUGGAGGACAGCGGCGGCGACGGCGGUGAUUUUGACAACUACUAUGGGGCCGACAACCAGUCUGAGUGUGAAUACACAGACUGGAAGUCCUCCGGGGCGCUCAUCCCUGCCAUCUACAUGCUGGUCUUCUUCCUGGGCACCACGGGCAAUGGCCUGGUCCUCUGGACUGUAUUUCGGAGCAGCCGGGAGAAGAGGCGCUCAGCUGACAUCUUCAUCGCCAGCCUGGCAGUGGCCGACCUGACCUUCGUGGUGACCCUGCCGCUGUGGGCCACCUACACCUAUUGGGAUUACGACUGGCCCUUUGGCACCUUCUCCUGCAAGCUCAGUAGCUAUCUCAUCUUCGUCAACAUGUACGCCAGUGUCUUCUGCCUCACGGGCCUCAGCUUCGACCGCUACCUGGCCAUCGUGCGGCCCGUGGCUAAUGCGCGCCUGAGGCUUCGGGUCAGCGGGGCUGUGGCCACCGCUGUCCUGUGGGUGCUGGCCGCCCUCCUGGCCAUGCCGGCCAUGGUCUUACGAGCCACCGACCACCUGGACAACAGCUCCAACGUGCAGUGCUAUAUGGACUACUCGCUGGUGGCCUCCGCCAGCUCAGAGUGGGCCUGGGAGGUGGGCCUGGGGGUCUCGUCCACCGCCGUGGGCUUUGUGGUGCCCUUUACCAUCAUGCUGACCUGCUACUUCUUCAUCGCCCAAACCAUUGCCAGCCACUUUCGCAAGGAGCGCGUCGAGGGCCUGCGGAAGCGGCGCCGGCUGCUCAGCAUCAUCGUGGUGCUCGUGGUCACCUUUGCCCUGUGCUGGAUGCCCUACCACCUGGUGAAGACCCUCUACCUGUUGGGCAACCUGCUGCACUGGCCCUGUGACUUUGACCGCUUCCUCAUGAACCUCUUCCCCUACUGCACCUGCAUCAGCUACGUCAACAGCUGCCUCAACCCUUUCCUCUACGCUUUCUUUGAUCCCCGCUUCCGCAAGGUCUGCACCUCCAUGCUCUGCUGGGACCACCGCGGGUGUGUGGGGGCCUCCCACAGCAGCAGUGGGGAGAAGUCGGCCAGCUACUCCUCGGGGCACAGCCAGGGGCCCAACCCCAACUUGGGCAGGGGCGGGGAGCAGAUGCAGGAGAAGUCCAUUCCCUACAGCCAAGAGACUCUGGUGGUUGACUAGGGCUGGCAUCCCUGCGUCCCAGGGGCUCUGCCCCCUCACCUUUCCCUUUGCUUUCUGAAAAUCAGGUAGAGUGACUCUCCUUCCUUCUGGCCUGCCUUCGCGCCUUUCCCUGCCUCUCAGAUAGCUCUGUCUGGCCCCUCGUACUCACUUAGUUCCCAAAGGCUUGGGUUGACUGGAAGGAGACUGGUCCUGUGGACUCACUUGCUCAGUAACUGCUAGACAGUGUGUGCACGGCCUCAGAGCCUCAGUGUCUCCAUUGGUAAAAACUAGGGGUGGUCACCCUGAUCUCAAAGUAUUGAAGUGUGAGACUUUGCUUCAGGAGGAGCUAACUCGCCUUCACCCCCCACCCCCUUUCUGGAAGCUUCGGGACAUUUUUCUCCCUGCAAUCUCUCCCCUCUGGGCCACUCCCCUCCCGCAUUUUUACACUCAGUCCUCACCCUCUGCCCCUGACUCCCCUUCCUAGAUCUUUCCUCACCCCUCUGUUGCUCCUUCUCCCCCCUUUUGCCUCUUCCUUCUGAAGACCCCUAAGGGUUAAGGAUCAAGCAGCCUGAAAGCUUGUUUCAGGAGUUAGGGACUGUGGUGCGUGUGGGCUGCAUGCCAGCUGGGAGCUCCAGGAUGUUCCCUAAAAUUGGAUCAGGUCGAGUCCUUUCAGCCCCUGGUACUAAAAGCAAUAUCCAGCUCCUCUUCAGAAAGGGUUUCUUUCCUGGAGCCCCUCCCAGGAGUCGAUGAAGUGUGCAUUCUGUCGUUUCCCCAGGCUCCUUCAUUUAGCCUCUGUUUUCUGCAGGGCUAGGAAGGUGCAGGGCUGAUAAAACUCUGACACCAAGGAUGGUGUCACCCCACGAAUGGGGCUUUGGGGAGGGAGAAGGAAUGGACAGCAAGUGGGACUGAAGGAGGGGGUGUGUGUUUGCGUGUAGUCCAUAUGCUGCUUGGCUCCCUUCCCCAAAUCCUGGCCCUCCCACCCUUUUUUCAGGUUUCUAGUGGUGAGCUUGUCCCCCAACUCCCCACCUCCACCCAUCACCUUGGGCUGGUUUACUUGGGUUCUGGUGCUACUUGGUACCAAGCAUCACUUUGGCUGGGCUGGGGUGGGGAGGCUUGCUCUUUAAGUGUAUGUAUGCCCAUGGCAAUUCAUUAUCCAUAGAGCAGUGAUCUGUGUCCCUUGGAAAACAUCCCCCUCCGCCUGUCACACACCACCGCGUCUAUCUGCUUCGCACAGUCUCCUCGCGCGAUACAACCGAGUCCACUUCCUGCUGGAUUUGGGGGCUCAGACGGCUGGUCCGUGGACUGCUUGCACUGGGAUCUUGGCUAGGAGGUUUCCCCGUGCAAGGGUCUGGUGCCCCAGGCUUGGGGAAUUCCUAUGAGCUGGUCCCUGAUGGUUUUCUAACUCAAGGCAGGACGUCUUUUUUAAAAGUGUCCGUGGCCCCUUUCCCUAUUCCUCCCCACUUUGCUUUGAGUUAGUGAGCGUUUCUCUCUUUGAUCUUCCUGUUCCUAAGGAGGCCAUGGGGUAGCAAGUGGGGUAGGGUUCACCCCUGGGAUGGGACCUGUUGGCCUGUUGGCCUCUCCUGCUGGGCGUGUGUGUGUGUGUGUGUGUGUGUGUGUGUGUGUGUGUGUGUGUGCGUGCUUGUGUGCCCACGCUGAUGGAUGGCAUCCACACUGCUGGAGAAACCUUGAGGAAGAAACUGUUGGGGGAUUCUUUGUGAGAUGGGUGCUGGGUGUGCAUUCCGGGUUUUGUUUCUGGAAGACUCGACACAAAGGACAAGACAAGAACCACAGAGGCAGGAAGCGCCCGGCUUGAUGGUCAUGGAUGUCCUGAAGUUUCCUGGGACAGAGCCAGGAGAGGGCAAAGGUCUCCUUUCAGCAAAGUCUCUCCAUCACAGACUAACUAGAAUUUUCCACAGACUCACCGACUUUGCCCAGGGCUGUCCUGAAAAGAUCCAGUCAGGGCAGGCGGAAGCUUCAAGAAAGGGCAGAGGGUACCCCUCUGGGACCCUACAGAGACUGCUUGCCUGGAACUCAGGAGUCUGGGGAGAGGAGGAUGAGGAUGCUGCAGGCUAGGAGAUCCCCCCACCUCCCUACAUCCUGGCUCUUCUUGGGAAUGUCUGCUGUUUGCUGACCUUGUUAAUCAUUGUGGCUCAUCCAAAUAAAUCUGUUUUGUGAAA